CUCUUCACGAUGGCAGCAGGCAGGCUGAGCUUCAGGAACAUCACCGCCCUGGCUCCGAUGGUGCGGGUCGGGACUCUGCCCAUGAGGCUGCUGGCGCUGGACUACGGAGCCGAUGUGGUUUACUGCGAGGAGCUGAUUGACAUCAAGAUGGCCCAGUGUCACAGAGUGGUGAACGAGGUUCUGCACACGGUGGACUUCGUGGCUCCGGACGAUCGAGUGGUGUUCAGGACCUGCGAGAGGGAGAAGGGCCGAGUGGUCUUCCAGAUGGGGACGGCCGAUCCAGACCGAGCGCUGACCGUGGCUCGACUCGUGGAGAAGGACGUGGCCGCCGUGGACGUGAACAUGGGCUGUCCGAAGGAAUUCUCCACUAAGGGCGGGAUGGGAGCUGCUCUUCUCAGCGACCCUGACAAGAUCGAGGCGAUCCUCAGGAAGCUGGUCACAGGCGUUUCCAUCCCAGUGACGUGUAAGAUCCGGAUCCUUCCUUCGUUGGAGGAAACGAUCCGACUGGUUCAGAGGAUCCAGAGGACGGGCGUCACUGCUGUUGCCGUCCACGGCCGGUUGAAGGAGGAGCGUCAGAGACACCCGCUCCACUGUGACUACAUCCAGGCCGUCGCUCGGGCUGUUUCCAUCCCCGUCAUCGCCAAACGUUCGGGGAGAAGCUUCUUGGAAUGUUCUCCGUCAUCAUGCCCAUCUCCGUGGCCCUGUUCACCUUCGGAGGAAUCAACGGUUACCUGUUCACCUCCUCCAGGUUGUGUUUCUCCGGGGCCAGAGAGGGUCACCUGCCGAGCCUGCUGGCCAUGAUCCACUAUAAGUACUGCACGCCCAUCCCCGCCCUGCUGUGCUGCGUACGUACAGGCUCCGCCCCCUGGUCCCCCCUGUGUCUUGGAACCAACACGUCUGAGUCAGUGUCUCUGGAUGUUCUGGAUCUUCUCCUGCAGCUUAGUGGUAAAAUGUGUGUAACAUGUCAGAGUCCAUGUGAGGAACCAGCAGGACAAUGUGUGGAAGCUUCCCAGAGAGCGAGUGGACGUGUGGACGAGGUUUCUAACACGUGACGUGAAACUGGAAGAACACAAAGAUCUCAGGAUGAAGAAGAGGAGCCGGACACGUAGAAGACGAAGACGUCCACUUGGAAACACGAGGAGAUUCCAGAUCUUCUGGUGAUGAGGCCGACGCCGUGUGGAGGAGCUGGAAACAACAACACUGAUCUUUCCACAGCAGAGUUUAUACGUCAUGUCCCGCCUCCUGCUGCUCUACAGGCUCCGCCCCUGCUGCUC